UGUGUGUGUGUGUGCAGAAAAUGGGUCUUUUUUGUACACACUCACACGAUGUGUUUUAUUUUGAAUUUUAUUUAGGAGCUUUUAUUUUGAAGCCUGGCGUCACGCAGUGCUUCACCCCGCUGCAGAACUGAAAUGCUGAGAUCACCACGUCUGAUCCGUGUGACCUUAUCACUGCUGGCACCCGGUAUCCGAUGCCGCCGUCCAUCUCUGAGCGUCCAGCCGCUCUUCUUCCGUUCUCACACGCAGUCAUGGACAGACGGGCGGCUUCUGUGGGCGAGCUGUCCGGCAAAACGGCCUCUGCUUCCUUCACCGCAGCACCAAGCUGUAGUUCCCUGCUCAGACCUGGCGUCACGAAAGUACACCUUAAUUUAUGCGUUCCCCGCCAUCCGAGUACUGCGUGCGCUCUCCAGGCUCAAACUGGCUCAGACCGGCAUCACCGGCGUCCUUCUACCCACAGUCUAUUACUUCUACCUUCAGGGUCAGGCGUCAUUCAGUCUUCUAAGCUACACCACGGGCAUUGCUGCCUUCGCCGCCAUCAUGCUCUACGUUAUAAGCCAUUACAUCCGGCGAGUGGUGGGGAUGAUGUACCUGGACCACACACACACCACGUUAAAGGUGGCCCAUCUAUCUUUCUGGGGCCACCGGAGGGACAUGUAUAUGCCUGUGUCGGACGUAUUGACUCUUGGAGACACAGGAGACUCACGGGCUGAGGUUAUAUUAAGGCUGAAGCGCUACAGCUGCUCGGACACACUGUAUUUCUCCACCAGGCUGGGGCGCGUGCUCGAUAAGAACGGGUUUGAGAAAGUGUUUGGGUCUUUGUCUUGAUGUGUCUGAAAUGACCGUGUGUCCAGAUUUACAAUAAAGUUUUAUUCACAGC